AUGGGCUCAAAGUACCCAAAGUCCCUCAGAAUAUUCCUGCCUUUGUGGGUCCUGAUGUUGGAAAUCGCUUUCAUUCUCGUUUUCUUCUUUUUCGCAUCUUAUGAGACAAUCUCAAAGAAGUCGGAGUUUCUGAAGACAUAUCAUGCCUUCCAGGACAUCAACGUCAUGGCGGUGCUUGGUCUGGGCUUCCUCAAGGCCUCCCUGAGGAGAUACACAUGGAGCAGUGUGGCCUUCAACCUCUUCAACCUGGCCCUCGGGGUGCAGUGGGCCAUUAUCCUGGAUGGCUUCCUGUUCUCCUCUAGUGGAAAGAUCACCGUUAACAUUCAAAGGAUCAUACUGGGUGCCAUGAGUGCUAUGUCUGUCCUCAUCUCAUCUGGGGCCACCCUGGGCAAAGUCAACUUGAUCCAGCUGAUAGUAAUGACCUUGCUGGAAGUAACAGCCUUCCUUGGAACCAAGAAGCUCACCCUGACCUUCCUUGAUGGGAACGAACAUCAGAGCAUGAUGCAAAUCCACCUGUUUGGGGCCUGCUUUGGGGUGACCACAGCCUGGUGCCUCCCGGGCCGACGGCUGAAUGCAGCCAAGGAGAAGGAACGGGGAACCACAACUUCCAGUCUGUUUACCACACUGGGUACCCUUUUCCUGUGGGUCUUCUGGCCAACCUUCAAUUCUGCCCUGCUAGAAUACCCCAGCGAGAAGGAAACUGCUGUAUAUAACACUUAUUAUGCACUCACUGUCAGCGCAGUGGUCGCCAUGUCAUUUUCGGCUGCAACUCACUCACAUGGGAAAAUCAGUAUGACCCAUGUCCACAGAGCAACGUUGGCUGCAGGGGUCGCUGUGGGGGUCGCCACCAACCUCAUCCACUCACCUUGGAUUGCCAUGGUGCUGGGGCUUCUUGCAGGCAUGAUUUCCAUCGCAGGAGCGAAGUACUUGCUGGUAAUGGUGCAACAGGUAUAUUUUAACCAGAUCAUUGGGCUCCAUGACACCUGUGAAGUUUAUUCUACCUUCGGCUUGCCGGGGCUGCUGGGAGGACUAGCCUACAUUCUGCUGAUGACUGAGCGAGCUGACUGGACCCAGCUCUCCACGGCUGGCUUUCAGAUCCUCUAUUCAGCUGGCUCUCUCUGCCUGUUCAUGGCUAUGGGAUUGGUAGGAGGUAUGCUGACAGGUUUGAUUUUAAGUCUCAACCUAUGGAAGGCUCCACAUGAAGGGAAAUACUUUGAUGACCAGGUUUUCUGGGAGUUUCCCCAUUUGGCUGCUGGAUUUUAAGCCAAUGGACCCAAGAAACGGAGGGCCAGUUGGGUGCCAAAGAAAACUACCAUUAUUUCU